GAAUCACAACUAUAUAAAAAUCACAACUGAUGGCUACAUAACACAACUGAUGGCUCUGUGGUUUUUAUAUGCAUAACACAACUGAUGACUACAUUCUAGACUAGAUUUAUUAGCUAGUUAUAGAUAAAGAUGAUCUCUGUGGGAAUCUACCUCGAUUGGGUUUAUACCCUGUUCUCAUUAUUGGUUUUAGUGCAGGUGAUAUCUUGUCAGAAAUGUGGGUGUUCCAGUGAUAUCUGUUGUAGCCAGUAUGGGUAUUGUGGAACCACCACAGCCUACUGUGGAGAAGGUUGCAAGGAAGGUCCAUGCACUGUUAAGAGUUCCAAUACCUCCUCAGGGGCAUUUAAUGUUCUUAAUGACACCAAAACCAUAGAACUAUUUAAUGGUAUUCUGUCUGGUGCCUCAGACAACUGUGAGGGGAAGGAUUUCUAUACAUUCAAUUCAUUUAGAGUUGCAGCAAAUGCCUUUCCUGGUUUUGGAAGCACAGGAUCAACAGAGAUUGCCAGGAGAGAAGUGGGAGCUUUUUUAGCUAAUGUGGUUUUCCAGAUUGGAGAUUUCUGCUAUGUCAAUGCAACCAAUAAAAGUGUGAUAGACUGUGAUGAGACGAACACUACGUAUCCCUGCGCCAAUGGAAGGAGAUAUUACGGGCGUGGUCCAUUACAGUUAAGUUGGAACUACAACUAUGGAGCUGCUGGGACUUACCUCAAUUUGAACUUACUAAACCAACCAGACCUUGUAUCCACCAACUCUACAAUCUCCUUCAAGGCUUCCCUCUGGUUUUGGAUGAACAAUUCUGACUGUCACAGUGCUAUUGUUUCUGGACAAGGCUUCAUAGAAACUGUUAAAGGUCUAAAUAGUGCAGCAUGUGAUAGCCCUCAGGAUGUUUCCCAGAGGGUUGACAGCUACAAAUCAUACUGUCAGCAACUUGGAGUAGACCCUGGAACAAAUCUAACAUGUGACAUAACAUCAAUAUCCGCUGGAGGAAGAAGAAAAUCUAAGAAACUAACACCCAUAUUGUUAGGAAGCAUAGGAGGAGGAGCUUUCCUAUGUUUCUUGAUCUUAUUCUUCUGCAGGUUUCGUAUUAUACAGCUAAGGAGACAUAAAUCAGGUGCAGGUCUAGGUGCUGACGAAAUAGAACCUGCAAUUAUUAAUUUCAAUUACAAUUAUGAAGUUCUUCAAGAAGCAACUAAAGGCUUCUGUGCUGCAAAUAAACUUGGGCAAGGAGGUUUUGGUGAAGUUUAUAAGGGGACACUCAAAGAUGGAAAAGAGAUUGCUGUGAAGAAGCUCUUUGUAACACAAUCAACACAAGCCAUGGAGGAAUUCCACACGGAAAUUAAGAUUGUUAGUGGUUUUCUCCAUAGAAAUCUCAUCCGUUUGCUUGGGUGUUGCAGUAAGGGGCAGGAGCGAUUCCUAGUUUAUGAAUUUAUGCAAAACAGGAGCCUUGACAAGCAUUUGUUUGGGCAGGGGGGAAUUUGUCUCAAAUGGAUAGAUCGUUUCGAAAUAAUAACAGGCACAGCUCGUGGUCUUGUAUAUUUGCAUGAACAUUCUCACUUUCCCAUUGUACACAGAGAUAUCAAAACUCCCAACAUCCUUCUUGAUGAAAACCUGCAACCUAAAAUAGCAGAUUUUGGACUGGCCAAAUUUUUCCCAGAAGAUAAGACACAUCUUACAACCAGGGUGGGUGGAACCAUUGGAUAUACUGCUCCUGAAUAUGCUGUGCAUGGCCAAUUAACACAAAAAGCAGAUGUUUAUAGCUAUGGAGUGAUUGUCCUAGAGAUUGUGAGUGGAAAGAAAUGCAGCAAUACUGGACUUCCGCAUCCCAUGGAGCUUCUUUUGCAAUGGGCUUGGAAUUCAUAUGAAACAAACGAGAGCUUGAGCAUUGCUGAUCCAAAACUGGAGUUAGAGACUUUAUCUGAAAACGAGCAAAGGCAAAUAUUAAGAGUUAUACACAUUGCACUUCUUUGCACUCAAGGCUCUCCUACUAAGCGACCAUCCAUGUUUAAUGUUUUGUCAAUGUUAACAAAUGAUUCAGAGAUUUCAGAUGUACCCACUCCACCGGCUUUGUUGGAUCUUUCAAAAGACUUAAUUCCUACGCCUCGCCCGGUAAUUGCUGGAACUUCAUCUUCAACUUCAGGAGCUUCUUCCUCAACGUCACAUGGAUCCAUUAGUGUAUCUCUCUUUCCACGCUAAGAGUUAUAAUUGAUCUCCCUAUAGAUUGGAUUAAAUUUGGAUGCUACUAAAUGAAACAUUCCAUGUUUAGUUGAUGCAC